AUGGACGAGCAAGGACCGAGGCAAGGUGGUGCUCCACCACAGGAUGAGCUGCGUUCGGCGUACCACGUACCAAAGACCACUCGGCGACGGCGAAUACCACGGCCACUGAAGAAGUCUGCGCUCCUCGCUUUCGCCGCAGCGUGUAUACCGUCCGCUAUGGCUCAGAAUUGCAUUCCGCUGGCAGGUUCGACGCUCUGUCCGGCCUUCAACCAGUCCUCAAUAUCCACGAACCCUACACUGGUCGGCUAUUUUCCCUUCUUGUCAUUCGUGUCUGAUGUAGCCUCCUUCGACGACCGGUUACAAAAUUAUAUCGCAACGUCCUUCACCCAACAGAGAUAUGAGCAGCUCAUCGGCUGCGAUAACGUAAACCUCACCAAUACCACCGACUACUAUGCGAGAUACACGACAUCUGUAAUUUGUAAUGCCAUAGUCCAGAUAUCAGAAGUCCCCUGCGGUUUGACGAUAGAGCAAAUGCGACCGCUGUGUGCCGAAACCUGUGCCCAGUACGCACUCAGCGAGCACGCGAUUGCCUCACGUCCCGAGCUUUGCGGCAGCCCGGGAGACAAUGCGAUCAGCCAGAUACGAGCAGACUUUACUAACUGCGCACUGCCCGCCAAUUCACUCUCCGGGACCUGCAUAGCGGGCGUUGACAAUGAGCCCGACAACUGCGGCUACCAAUCCAACCUCUCCGGCCUCUGCUCCUUUUGCGCCACCAGCUCUCUCAACUCCACCGAUUCCUGCUGCAUCAACGCUCAAGUCGAGGCGCGGUGCGAAGGCGUCGAUCUCCCAUCCACCACCUCCUUCGACCCCGUCUUCCCGCAAUCCACCUCCAUCUCCGCGCCUCCCACCUCCGCAACCUCACCCAGCACCGCCGCGCCCGCCGCCGCCAACGCCGGCCUCUCCGCUGGCCAAAUCGCCGGCAUAGUAAUCGGUGCGCUCCUCGGCGCGCUCGCCCUCCUCGGCCUCAUUAUCUGCGCCUGCGUCCUCCUCCGCCGGCGCCGCAACGGCUCCCAGACCAGCAGCGUCUUCAAUCAGCCCUCGCCAUCGCGGCAGGGCCCGCCGCAACCUCCACCAAUGACAAUGUCCGCCGCAUACGACGGCUCUCGCAACCCCGAAAUCCUGCCCGGCGGCCGCGUCGCGCGCAUGACGGCGCUAGAAGACACGUCCAGCUCCUCGGCGCACAACGGCUACGCCAACGGGCACUCCUCCGACGAAUACAAUACCAGUCCCGAGAGCCGGUACGGCGCUUCCCCCAGCUACGGCCUCGGCCUCGGCGGUGGCCCGCUCCCGAAGCGUGAGGGCAGCCUUUCCAGCCGCUCGGCACUCGACGCGCUGACUUCCUCGGCCACGGACCCGACCUCCCCGCAGAGCAACAGCAACGGCGACCACAUCUCGCAGUCCUCCCCCGAGGGCGUGGCGAGCGGCCAGAGCGAGCAGCUGGGUUUCUUCAAGGACUACUACUCCCAAGACGAGAUUCGGCCCGGCGAUACGGUGGCGACGCUGUGGGCGUACCAACCGCGGGCUGCGGAUGAGUUUGAGCUCGAGCGCGGGGACCUGCUCAAAGUGGUGGGCAUCUGGGAUGAUGGGUGGGCGACUGGCAUCAAGCUCUCCGAGAGGGCGGAGGAGUUUGAGGCGAGGGGAAAUGGGCAGAGGGAUAGUGGGAUGAGUGGUGGGAGUGUCGUGGGGGCUGAGGGUGCGGGCGAGAUCAAGGCGUUUCCGCUGGUUUGCGUGUGUGUGCCGCGGCAUUGGCGGAAGACUAUUGAGGGGGACUCGAGGCAAUGCCAUGGACGCGGUGCAACUAAGCAGAUUGCAUCCUGCAUCGAGAACUACCGCGCCUUCUUCCUCGACACCGUAAGCCUCGACUGGGAUGCCGUCCGAACCACAGCCAAGCGCUACCUACCUACGAUAGCUCGCAACCGCUACUCCGCGCACCUCGUCGACGAGAUGCGGGGCAUCGCCGACGGCGCCGGUAUCGACUUCGAAGACAUCCUAGCCCUCAAUGUGCGCAGUGAAAUAGCUCUAGUCGCAGCACCACAAGAAGCCGUGCCUCCAGACGGCUGUUCCGCGUUCUCGCUGCUCGCGAAAGAAGGCAUGAGGGAAGUGCGAUGGCUCGCGCAGAACUGGGACUGGAAAGGGUCGCAGCUGCCCAACGUCGUGAUCUUGAAGUUACAAACGCCUGGGCAAGUCAAUCUGACAACCGUCACGGAGGCCGGCAUUGUGGGAAAGGUCGGCUUCAACAGUUGCGGAGUCGGGGUCACUCUUAACGCGUUACGCGCUGCGGGGACCGACUACGAGAAGCUGCCAAUACAUAUCCUCCUGCGCUGCAUCUUAGAAGCAAAGUCCGUAUCCGAAGCGCUGGAAGUGGUCAGAUCCUGCGGCACCGGCGGGGCAGGCUGUGCCGGGCACCUCCUCAUCGCAGACCCGGAUCGCGCUGUCGGGGUGGAAGUCUCGCCUUUCGGGAUCGCGCUCAUCGAGCCUAACGGCAAGGCACGGGAUCUCAUCACCCAUACGAACCACUGGAUAUCUGAGUCCAGACCGCUCGGGUUAAAAGAGCUUCCGUGGCUGCCGGAUUCGGGUUACCGCAAUGAGCGCUUGGGCAAGCUUACCAGCGGGUUGCCAUCUGAUGCUAGCGAAGAUGACCUUUUACAGGUGCUCAAGGAUACCGAGAAUGGGUGCGGUGCCAUUUGCCGGCCUGUUGAUCCAUCCCUGGAGGGGACCGCCUGGGGAGGGACUACUACCGUCUUUGGCAUUACCAUGAACCUCACUAAGCGGGAAGGCCUUGUCAUCUUUGAUAGACCGUGCCUUGCUGACGGCGAGACUGUCCGUCUAAGUGCAUAA